UCAAGUGGUCCAAAAAAUCGUAAGUUCUUCGGGUGGAGGGGGCCACGCGGUGGUUCCCUUAGCCCCCAGGGCAGCAUGGCGUCCUAUCAGGGUGUGCUCAAGGAUUACAGUCACAGCAGCUUGAACGAGGCUUUCAAAUCCCAAAACAAUGUCAACUUUAAGUUAAUUAAAACAGUAUCCGAUUUCAACGAAUCACUCUCCCAAUUGUAUGAGGAACAUGCAACUGCCCUUCAAACUUUAGUGUCCAAUUAUCGAAAAAAGAAUGCCGAGCUGCGCAAGGAAAGACCCGCCUGCCAUCUGGCCAUUUUUCAGGCAUGGGAAACAUUCCUGCAGGAAGCGGAAACCGACUCGCAGGCCUGCAACGAUGUGGCCAGUGUGCUCUCCCGUCAGGUGUCACGGCCAAUGUUGGAUAAAUCCUUUCAUCGCAAAGUUCAAAGUCGCAAAAUCUUUACACACAGGGAGUCUUUUGAGACGAUAAUCGCAAAGACUGAAGAGAAGCUGUCAAAGUGUCGCCUGGACUACAAGCAGUGCCACAUGGCACAUCGCCAGAAUCCCAGCCAGCACUCGCUCACCGAAUAUAUUGAUGCGCACAAUGCGUACGUGCAGCAGUUGCAUGCCACCAAUGGCAUGCUGGAGGCCUAUCACGGCGACACAUUGCCACAAUUGAUGCAGGAACUGGAGGAGAUACACAACGACCUAUGCAACAUUGUUUCCGAUUCGCUGCUGCAGGGCGCCGAUGUAAUUGCCAGCAAGGCCGCGGAGCAGGCGAAGCGCUACGGCUGCCUGGCCAGCCAGUGUAGCGCCGUGUCGCCGCAACAGGAUCUGGUGAAUUUUGUGCGUUUGCUGGCGCAGCCAUCGCAGGCACAGAAGGUGCCCAAACGCGUCUUCGCCCCACCACAGGCACAGCAGCCGGGCGAGCCGUCCGAGGAGACGGGUGACUAUAAUGAGAUGACACCCAUUUUGCGCAACGAGCUCGUCUUUGACCGGCACUCGACGCUGUCGCAGCGCUCCGCACUGGAGUCGCUUAAGCGUGAGGCAAUUGAAUUGGAAUUGCAAAUACGUCAGCUGCAGGACUCCAUUGAUGCACUGAAUCGCACACAAACACGCGGCAUUGAGGGUCAACUGUACAACAAGGUUAACGAGCUACAAGAGGAUUUGUCCAUGAAGAAAUUUGAUUUGCGCGCCAAGCAAAUACACCUCGCUGCCAUACGUGCACAGAAGGAGUUAUUCGUUAGCAAAGUUGAGCCAACUUCGCCGCGCAACGAACGCAAAUUCUCGGCCGCCACAGCGCCAUCGAUGAAAACAAAGUGGCUGAAAGCAUUUAAGAGCCUAAAGCCGGCGGGUUCUGGUUCAGCAACACAAGCAGAUAGCCAACCACCCCGACAAAAUCAAAUGUACCACGCCGUAUCAACCGUUCUGACCUUGAGGCGUAAUGGUGCCUCGAAUGCCCCAUCGGAAUCGCUGCGCCCCAACCUGGAUGGCAGCCAUCAUCUGCAGGAGUACACGUACAAAAAGAUAACGGCUUGUGAUGUCUGCUCGCAAAUUUUGAGAGGCCACACACGUCAGGGCCUGCGUUGUCGCAUUUGCAAGCUGAAUGCCCAUGGAGAUUGUGCUCCGAAUUUGCCACGCUGCCAGCCCAAACAGAAACUGUUGCGUCGCCAGAAGAGCACCUCGGAGCUGGAGAAUCGUGUUGAUAUCGAGGAAGAAACCGCCGUCGCCGCCGCCGCCGACAAAGCCAUCCACGUGCCGGGCAAACAAACGUUGGAUGGCAGCAGCAGCAGCGUUGGAGCUGCCCUCGGAGCCGGAGCCGGAGCUCCGGGCGCAGCGAGCACAGUCUUGCCGCUGCAGCCGCUGGCCAGCAGCGCUGUGGAACGGCUGCCCGUCGCCGAGAUACCCAUUGUCAAUGUGCCGGAACCGUUGCUGCCGGAGCCGCAGCAUCAGCAGACCCAUCAGCCGAUCCAUCAGCAGACGCAUCAGCAGCACCAGCGCAGCCUGGCAUCGGUUGCCCAGGCGGCAGCGGUGCGCGCCGGCCGUGGUGUUCGUCCGCCGCCCGUGGCUAUGCCCAUACUGGGCGUCCAAUUGCAGCAACAGGAGCUGCAGCAGCAGCGCGGCGGUCUGCCGGUGCCCACACAAGAUAUCUCUAGUAGCUCAGCACCGCACUCACCGCGCCGGCAAAAAUUGAACUUACGCAUGAAAUCGUUGAGCUUGGACUCACCCGAAUCCUCGGAACUGCACGGUCAGUUUAGGCGCCGCCAGCAUCUGCCGGCAACGGCCGCCUCGACAUCAAGCGGCUACUAUCAUGGCGGCUCGGGAGGGCAUCUGGAGCACAGUACUCCCCCAUCGAACAACAGCCGGCUGCACUCGCCAUCGAGCCCCUCGCAUCCGGGUCGCAAGCUUCUGUAUGCCACGCGCGGCAUGCGCGGCGGCAGCGUCGAUUUGCCCGAUGAAAUGGAGAAAUCGCAAUCCUCGGCCAGCACAUCGCCUUGCCUAUCACCUAAAUCACAUCGUCUGCUGCCCACCAAUUUGUAUGUCAUACUCUACAACUUUAAGGCGCGGCAUGCCGACGAACUGGACCUCAAGGCCGGCUACAAGGUGACAGUCAUCGAUACCUCCGAUCCGGACUGGUGGAAGGGCAAAGUGCUGGGACGCGUUGGUUUCUUUCCAUCCAAGUAUUGUGUGCGACUCAAUGCCAACGAGAAGCCGCUCCAGGUGACGCACAAUCUCCAAGUCUCCGAUGGGGAGCGCGGCGAGAACAUGACGCUCCUCCGCGACCAGAUUGUCAUACAGACUGGCGAUGAGGUAAACGGCAUGGUUAUGGUGCGUUCGGCGGACAAUCGUCAGGGCUAUUGUCCCAUCAAGUAUCUGCAGGAGGUGUGACAGCCAGAAGAGGAAGAGCCGCCAGCAAAAUCAUCAAUGCAAACGUCGCGUGCCGCCGGAGCCGGAUCCGGAGCGGGCGACAAGACCAAGCGUAGAAUUAGAAUUGUAGUUACCGAUAAUAACAAUUUAGCCAAUAGCAGCUCAAUGCCCGUUACCCACACACACACACACAGUCACACACACACACAUUCGCAGUCGCAAGCGCAGACAUCGCCCAGCCGGGAGACGAAGCGCCUGAACAUCGAGUACAGCGAUGCCGAUGCUGGCUUCACCUGGGACAAAGACAGGGAUGUACUCAUACUCUCCGGGCGCAAUAAGAACGACAAGAACUGGGAGAACUGGGAGCGCAUCAGGGAGCAAAAACUGGAGAAGAUGAAGAACAUCUGUUUCGAGAGCUAUCGCCAGUCGAAGCGGGACAAACUGCUGCUGGCCAAGCCAAAGCCCAAGCAGUUGGACCCCACCUGGUAUACGGACAACAUCUACUCAAAUCGUUCCGACGAUUUGGACGAGGAUUAUGUGCCCGAUUGCCUGAAGUAUGGCAGCUAUAGCAAUCGCAUUCUGCGAGACAUACGCGAACAGGACGAGAAAUACGCGGACGAAGGGCUGCCCAUGCGUGAGCGUCGCGGCGAGGGCGAAGGCUCGCCCGGCUACGGACUGCAGCGAUCCAAGAGCUGCAAGGAGUUCCAAUAUCCCAAAUCGCAGAGCUGCUGCUUCGAGGGAAACGUCUAUGAGUCGGGCGGCCCAGGCUCCGGGACCGGAGCAGGAACCGGGCCCACCACCUCCAUACUGAAGAAUCGCGCCGGCGUGCCCAAAUCGUAUUCGUUCAGCGCGUCCACCAAGACAAUGCCGUUUGACAUCAUUGACUACGAGCUGCCGCCCGCCUCGAAUACGCGACGCGAGAAGCGCGAGGCAUACAGACGCACCAUGAAUAUGCUCUAUAGCAACAGCUUGGAUGAGCGCGCCCUGGCGCAUAGUUGCUGUGCUCGGGAGCAGUGCACCAGUGCCAAGUGCCUGCUGGAUGAUAUUUAUGCCGGCUCGAGGAGCCGGCUGGGCGAUGUCUAUGGCGCCGCAGCCGGCGCUGGCAGCAACAGGAAUCUGAAUCUGAAUCGCAGUCUGCGCUCGCCCGCGGACUGGCUGUUUGAGGAGCGCGCAGAGGCGGAUCAUCGGCUGGGGCGUGGCCAGCAGCGUUUGCCCGCAACCACCGUGAUCUGUUGCUGUGCCUCGGAGGACUAUUGCUGCCAUCGCCAGCCACAGCACCGUGCGACAAGGCGCACACCGCACUGUCCCGGCCAUCAUCCGGCCGCUGAGGAGGAGGAGCACAUGCACUGUCGCUACGACACCGAUCUGGAGCAGUUUAUACGCGCCGAGCGCGAGCGUCUGCUGCUGCAGGACAAAUUCCUCGACGAGGACGAACGCUAUUUGGCCCAGUGCCAGAUGGCCGCCAGUCCCAGUCGCCGCUAUGCCCACUAUCCGCGGCCCACGCGCAGCAAAUCCCUGCUGGAGGUGCAGCCGCCCAGUCUGUUCGACGAGGACAGCUGCUCCGAUACGACAGAGAUCGAUCUGGAGGAUUUCAACAUUGAUCUGGAGAAGUAUUGGGAGCAGCUAGACAAGCCGCCCAGCCCCAUCAACAUGGACAUGCGGCGCAACAUGCACAGCAAUCUGAAGGUCAAGAAUGUCAACGUGCGCUGCUAUAACAAUGGACAGCCCAUCGAUAUGCAUGACCGGGAGCACGAGCGGCUGAUGAUCAAGAAAUCGCUGCUGGAGGGAAUGCCGUCGCCGCCGCAGUUGGACUCGAGCGGCUCCUCCAAUAAUGGGGCGGCCUUUAAUUUUUUUGAGAAUCCCGCCGGUCCAGCGCUCCACCAUCAUCAGGCACGUCAUUUGGGCGGCGCAGCGCCACCGGCACCGGCUCCAGCUCCGGCCUAUGGCUAUGGGCAUAAGGUGUAUCCGACAGCGGAUACGCUGCCCUCGUAUCAGUACAACAACUUUUAUCCGGAGCACACGACGCUGGGCGGCAGCGUGCUCACCCAGCAGCCAACGGCGGGCAUACAUCACGCCUCCGCCGGCGGCCAUUCCGCCUUGAGUCUGAUCAACAACAUCUUCUCCAUAUACAAGCCGAACAAAUAUUCACCCGAGAACUGUCAGCUGAACUACGAGAGCAAGCCGGAGCCGUGCAAGAAGAUGAAUGUGCCGAGCACAAGGCGACCCCUGGGCGCCGCCGCCAGCAAUAUGCCACAUGGACACGAGUAUCUGCACUCGUCCAUGAAGCGACCGCUGCUGAUCAGCGCCGAUCAGCCGCACUUCAAGAUCAUACCCGAGAAGACCGGGCUCAAGAUCUCGCCGCUGCUGGCGUACGAUGAGUAUGGCGGCGGUGGCGACAAGUCGCACCACAGGCUGACCAGCACGGCGCGACCUUUGAUGCUUCCGCACUGAUGGUGCUGGACCUUUCCGUGGUAUGGUAAUGGUAAUUAUUGUUAGUUAUGCUCACAGCGACUGCCGAGACUCAACAACAAGAACAAAAACCAAAAGACUCACUCGCUCGAUAAGCAACAAGAACAAAGAAUCUAAGACCCAAACGCACAAAUUGGCCCCCCUCCCCCGCCAGACUUGACUUGCCCCAAUGCCAGUCCUGGAGCGCUUGCGGUUGACGGCUUUGAGGAAGGGAGCAUUGAAGCAUCAUCUCAACGUUUGUCUGACACAAUUUUCACAGCCAACAACAAGCGAUAAAAACAACAACAACAACGACAACAACAAACACCAUUCACCAACAACAACAACUGCGCCAUACCAUUGGAAAAAUAAAAGAACGACAGCACCACAAGGGACACGUCUUCUACAUGCAACAGAAAUCGUAAGCUUUAAGAAUAACGAGAAGAUUUAACGUGUAAAAAGAAAGAAGUUAGAACUAACGAGUAACCUGCUCCGAGUAAGAAAUAAUGAAGUAACGAGUGGAAAGUAGCGCGUUAGAGCAAACGAAGAGCCAGUAACAAGUUGAAACUUAAGAGUAUCAAGUACCGAGUUAGAACUAAUGAUUAAUCAUAACGAGUUAAAAAUAACAAGCAAUCAGUAUCGAGUUAGAAUUAACAAGUAACAAGUGACGAGUUAGAUUGACGAGUAAAAUUUGAGGAAUUAUAACUAGUAAGUAACAAGUGGAAAGGAACAAGUAUCAAGUGUAACGCGUUACAACUUACCGGGAUCGAGUUGAACCAAAAUGUAACGAGCUAGAACUAACGAGAAAUAAGUAGCAAGUAUCGAGUAACGAGUUAGAAAUGACAAGUAUUCAGUAACGAAAUGCAACUAACGAGUAAUUAGUAACGAGUUAGAACUAACGAGUAAUCAGUAAUGAGCUAAAACUAAUCAGUUGAAAGUAAAGAGUAACAAGUAACGAGUAGUUAUUAUAAGUCUUGAAACCGGAUUAAGAAUUAGCUGCCAGCAGCUCAGCUUUGACUUUGACAUACGCAGAUACACACAUUCAAAUACACACACAAUACACACUUACACAUAUAAAGAAAUGUGCUUUUUAAUCGCUUGAGAAAUCGCCGCAUGUAGUUAAUAUAGAUACAUACAGGCAUACAUGGUAUAUGUAUGCAACACUAAUUUUUCGAGCAACUUUUAAGCAAUCAGCAGCGUAUUCUAUAUAUACAUAUAUAUACAUAUAUACACUUAUGUAUAUAUGGUACUUAUACUUAUAUAUGAUAGAAGAUUAAGUCAUUCAUAUCCGUGUUUCACAUUGUAUUUAGUGUUGAAAGCGAACGCAUAUUGUAUACCCUGUAAUACCCUUGUAGCAGCUAAGCAGAAUUUAUUACUACAACUAUUUGAGAAUAUCUUGAUAAACAUUUGAUGAUGAUUUGAGACAAAACGUUUUUAUUGCCACGAAAUUUUUUCUAUUUUUUAUACCAACAACUUUGAAAGCAAACUAAGCAUAACCGAUGUUAAGAACAAAAAAAUAUAACUAAAGAUAAAAAAAAACUAAAACCUACUUACAAGCGACAAGAAAAAAAAAACAAAAUUUGAGAAGAGAAAUUCGAUAGUGGAACAUUUAUAAGGCUUGACUCUAUAAGUUGCGGCUUCUAGGCAUUGACAGAACUUAGUCUUAUACAAAAUACAACACAUGCAUACGGCAGGUGUUUGUAUGUGUCCGCUUUUACAACAACAACAACAACACAAGAAUAAGAACAAACCAACCACUAGAGAUCGUAUGUAUAUAAGAUGAACACUACUUAGUAUAUGAAUAUUAUUAUGAUUGUACUUUUAUGAUGUAUGCGUAUCCACUGGCCUUAUUUAUUGUCGAAGAAACAAAGAAACAAACCGAAUACUACAUUAACAAAUGUGCUGAAUUCUCACAGACACACACACACACACACAGCAGACAAAUACACAUAGCCACACACACACACACACACAGAGACACACGGACAGGCAGAAAACUCACACAUUUGCACUUAAUAUAUGAAUUUAUUUGCGUACAACUUUUGAGCGCACUUGAGAAUUAAUUACAUUUAUUCAAAAUAUUUGUAAGGCUUUGCGUUAAUUUUGUUAAUUGUUUUGGCGUCCAAUUUUACAUGCGAAUAAAUAAGUAUUAACUAAAUCGUAGGCGCUAGAGAAAGUAACGAGUAGCGAGUAAGCAGUAACGAGUAACGAGAGCAUCGUAUUUGUAGUGCAUAAUUUUAAGCGAUUGCAAACAAAAAAAAAGGAAAUGCAAACACCUUUAGCACGUUCAAUUGUGCAAUAACUUUUGAAUUUGAAUUUAUUUUUAAUGACUUUUGAAAAAGGAUAAAUCGAACGAGAAACAAAUACUAGAAACAUUUUAUUAGACAUCGUUUUCUAAACACAUAUUGCUGUUGAACUACUCUAAGCACUAACUGUACGACCGAGUAUUAUUCUAAGUGUACCCCUAUGGCCUAUUAGUCAAUAAGUCUGCGGUUUUUCUAUGCCAACAGCAACAACAGAACAAGAAGAAGAAGAAGAAGAACAACAGAUACAUAAAUAUUUGCUGCACCAAACAAACACUAAACACAUCGAGCACCCAUUUAAUUAUACAAUCUUUAGCAAAUGUUUAGUGAGCAUUAUAUUUGAAAUAUAUAGUAUAUAUGUGUAUGUAUAGUUCUAUGAUCAUUUUAGGAGUUAAGACAAAUGUAAAAUGAAUGCAGUCGAUGAACAUGAAAACGCCCAAAUCUUAUGAGUAUGUAAUUUAAAUGAAAUAGUUGAAGAUGAGCAAGUAAAAUAGAAGUCAACCUAAAAUAUGCAAACGAAAUGUUUGCUUUUCGCUAAACGAGUUACGUGAAAUGCUGAAAUUGGCAAUUAAGUAAAGUAUAGAAAUAACGAUAAAUAAAUCGAAAACAAUUUAACUAUAAUAAUAGCAAAUUAUAUUCUAGCAGCCCGGCUUACUGAAUGUAGUCAAAUGAAGACCCAACAAGAAACCUGAUGAACUCAGUUGUUUUUGGGCUGUCAACUUAAUGCUUCAUUUUGUUAAGUGUAUAAUAUUGUUAAAGUUACGAUUACGAUUACGAUCGAGAAUGAAUGUUAAUGCAGUCUAAAGUAUUUGGUGUAGUUUCCCAAAUAGCUAUUCUGAAUGGACACACCCAAAAUGGCAAACAUAGAACUAUUUGUAGCAAAUAUACAACUUAACAAAUAAAACCAAACAAAACAAAAAAAAAAUACGAUACAUAUACAUGUGUAUACCAUAAGGAAACCCGGCAAAGAUAUCAGAGUGCAACUAACAUAUAUCAACAGGAACUAAAAACAAAGCUAAGCAAAAACCAUUUAACAAUUAAACGCAUCUAGAGCGACAAAAGCGUAAAAAACUAAAAUCAAGCAAAUCCAACAACAUAAAACAAAAUAAAACAAAACUCAUUUAGCACUAAAUGCAAAUUAUAUGUGAAAAUUAACCCUGCUCACCCCCUGAUCCUCCUUCAUUCAGCUGCCUUUCUUCGAGCCUUAUUCCAGCUGUUUGUAGCUAUCCCCACACAACUCACACACAUCCUUUAAUUUACCUGAAUAAAAACAAAGAUGUUACAAUUCGAUGUAUAAA